ACAAGGACUCAAGCUGAAGGAUAUGUAGGGCUGCGGAGAGCUGGAAUGCAAUAUAGCGCUAAUAGAAGCUCGGGGUGUGGAUUCUGUAUUGCGGCAGGCUGAGUUUUCCCCGUCUGGGUGUGUUUGGGUUGUGUUGUGGAGAUGUUCCUUAGGCAUGCCAUACAUGGCAUCUCCCAAUUCCUGGCAAAUCUAUUCUGCUUUGCUGUUAAUUGUUCUCCUUGCGCCGUUGUGCCAUUGCAUAUGCACCUCGGCACCGUUCACUGGGUUAGAGUCUAGGCAGGACCCCAGCCUCUAUGGCUUACCUUAUGAACGUGCCCACUUAACGGCGCCUGGCAAGGCUCACAUGCACCAGAAAGCAAACGUCCAUUUAUCACCAUCUAGGGGCACUCGCAAAAGCAAGCACCGUAACGAGGCCGAAGAACCCUCGGAACAUGUCUGCUGCAUCUCGAUCUCGCCGUCGCUAUCAAAGAGGGGUAUGCGCAGUUGUGCAAGGUGGCGAAUGCAUCUCUGCGUAUCAAGACAGAAGACCUUUAUAUCCUACCAUCUAUAGUACGUAAAUCUGCCCCCAGGUCAAAGAGAAAUCGAGAAGGCAGCAACUCUCCCACUAGGGAAAACCGCCAAUACGUCCAAU